GAGAUGGCAGAUGAUGGUGUUCAACUUAAAACUCUUCAGACUAUCUUAUUAAUAUUUCAAUCACAUUUACAUCCUGAUAAUGAGGACAAUAUGGCUCAAGCUCUUGGUAUUUGUCUUCGUCUUCUUGAAAAUAGUCGUUCUUCUGACAGUGUCCGCAAUACUGCUGCAGCUACCUUCCGACAGGCAGUUGCUUUGAUAUUCAAUAAUGUUGUUCAUGCUGAAUCACUUCCUGCUGGAAAAUAUGGCAGUCAGGUUUCUCGAGUUAAUUCUGUCACGAACGAUGUUACUCGUAGUAUCAACCAGUCUUUGGAGACUAGAAAUAUUGCUGUUCAACCAUGCAUGAGAGAAUCCCUGAGCAAAACAGGGAAACUUGGGCUUCUUCUGCUAGAGGAUUUGACUGCUCUUGCUGCAGGUGGAUCUGCAAUCUGGUUGCGGGUGCAUUCACUGCAACGAAUAUUUGCUUUGGAUAUCCUUGAGUUUGUACUGUCCCAUUAUGUCGCUACUUUCCAAACUCUUCUUUGUUAUGAACAGGUUCUUCGUCACCAAAUAUGCUCUCUUCUUAUGACUUCUCUUCGGACAAAUAUUGAGCUAGAGGGCGAAUCUGGGGAGCCUACUUUCCGGCGGUUGGUCCUACGCUCUGUUGCUCAUGUUAUUAGGCUGUAUAGUGCAUUCCUCGUGACUGAAAGUGAGGUGUUUCUCAAUAUGCUAGUAAAAGUCACUCGACUUGAUUUACCACUUUGGCAUCAGAUACUUGUCCUUGAAGUUCUGAGGGGAUUUUGUGUAGAAGUACGGACACUGCGCCUACUUUUUAAGAACUUCGAUAUGGAUGCCAACAAUACAAAUGUUGUGGAGAAUAUUGUUAAAGCACUUGCUCGAGUUGUAUCAACCAUUCAGCUGGUAUUAUGUGAUACUUUUAGUGGAAAGAUGUUCAACUGGAGUAGACCGGAGGGAAUACCGCGAAAUGAGCCUAGUGAAGAGGCCAUUUCGGAAUUGAUUGACAAGCACGAUCCUCGCGGAACUGCUAAUAUGGCUGAUAGGCUGGAGCAACACGAGGAGAUGCUGAGGGGCCGUAGUAUUUAUGGUGAAUUCUUCGUACGCUCGCCUCUUCUGCCACACUCUGAGCUUAAUCCCUCAGUAUAUGAAGAUUCUACUGAGUGGGUGACCACUACCAGGUUGAAAUAUGGGGACUACAACCCCUUGGAGAGUACCUUUGCUCAGGUGAGCUCUGGUAUGUACGACAUCCUGGAGCCGGCCGCCGAUGUCGUUGAGAAAGUUGGACAAUCUAAAUAUUGA